GCAGACGCCGGCGGGCGAGGAGGAUGGAGGCCGGGGAGGCAGCGCCGGCGGGGGCGGGGGGCCGCGCCGCGGGCGGCUGGGGCAAGUGGGUGCGGCUCAACGUGGGGGGCACGGUGUUUCUGACCACCCGGCAGACGCUGUGCCGCGAGCAGAAGUCCUUCCUCAGCCGCCUGUGCCAGGGGGAAGAGCUGCAGUCGGACCGGGAUGAGACCGGGGCCUACCUCAUUGACCGUGACCCCACCUACUUUGGGCCCAUCCUGAACUUCCUCCGUCAUGGCAAGCUGGUGCUGGACAAGGACAUGGCUGAGGAGGGAGUCCUGGAGGAAGCGGAGUUCUACAACAUUGGCCCGCUGAUCCGCAUCAUCAAAGACCGGAUGGAAGAGAAGGACUACACAGUCACCCAGGUCCCGCCCAAGCAUGUGUACCGCGUGCUGCAGUGCCAGGAGGAGGAGCUCACACAGAUGGUCUCCACGAUGUCUGACGGCUGGCGCUUCGAGCAGCUGGUCAACAUCGGCUCCUCCUACAAUUACGGCAGUGAGGACCAGGCGGAGUUCCUGUGCGUGGUGUCCAAGGAGCUCUACACCUCCCCACACGGGCUGAGCUCCGAGUCCAGCCGCAAAACCAAGAGCGCGGAGGAGCAGCUGGAGGAGCAGCAGCAGCAGGAGGAGGUGGAGGAGGUGGAGGUGGAACAGGUGCAGGUGGAGGCAGAUCCCCAGGAGAAAGCCCAGUCAUCUCAGGAUCCCGCUAACCCUUCCUCCCUCCCACCACCGCCUCCUCCGCCUCCUGCUGGAGGUUCCCGUCUGCACCCUCUCAGACCUGAGGCCGAGCUCGCAGUGAGGGCUUCUCCUUGGCCCCUCGCCCGCCCCCAGAGCUGCCACCCCUGCUGUUACAAGCCAGAGGCACCCGGAUGUGAGGCCCCAGAUCACCUCCAGGGACUUGGGGUUCCCAUCUGAAAUCCUUUAUCUUUGUUCCACGGGGUGGGCUCCCGGCCCGAGAUGGAAGAAGUGCUCUCCCCGCCGCCACCUCUGUCUGCGCCUGUGGGGCUGUGAUGCGCCCCUGCCUCCGGGGACGGGCGGGAGGCGCGCCGGGCCCGCUCAAGGCCUGAGGCGGGCCCUGGGACCCCUGGGCAGAGCCACCUGCCCCUGGCCAAAGUGUGGCACUGUCCAGCUGUGUCUCCCAGGCCCCCAUGUCCCCUCCCCCGGGUACCCCUGCUGCAUGGCGGAUGCACUGCCCCCCUGCCCGGUCACAUCACCUCCUUGAGCCUUCGGCGUCCAGUGGGGUGACUCCUCCCCGCCCCCGACAUCACAGGGUUGUGGUUAGGGUGCAAAGAGAAGCAAGGCCCCCUAGAAGCCCUGGGGAGUGUCUCGGGCCGCCCUCCUUUCACCUCUCCCUGGAGGGGGCGGACCCAGCCCAAGCCCCAGGCGGAACGCCGGGUUCGUGAGUGCAGAUUCAGGGACUGGUGGGGGUGAAGCGUGUCGGGGUUUGGCCCUGUCAGAGAAGGGGUGGGUGACUUGGCCUUCACUUUGGCUGUCCCACCUACCCGCAGCCAUCUGCAUCACUGGCAGAGUGCCCUGGCCUGGCUGGGGGCAGAAGGGGCAAGGCAGGGGCAGUGGAGCGACUCAGGAACUUGUGAUAGGGAAGGGGACACUCCCCUCUGACUAGGGGAGGGUCUGGGUGUGACGGGGCUGAGCGAGGGGCCCCUCCUGCGUUUGGCCUCCCAGGAUGGGCACGGGCUUCUCAUCCACGUCUGACCCCCUCAUGUAAUAAAACCUAA